UUAUUUAAUUUUUAUUGAUACAUCUAUUAUUUUUAUAUUAACUCCACCGAAACAGCUUGAAUCAUUUUCGCGGUUUCACCCGCGUGGUUCCCGUUCCUGUAGGAAUACGCGGAUAACAUAAAGCCUAUAGCUUUCCUCGAUAAAUAGGCUAUCUAACACUGUUUCAAAUCAGACCAGUAGUUCCUGAGAUUAGCGCGUUCAAUCAAACAAACAAACUAACUCUUCAGCUUCUAAGCAUAAGUUAUUUUUUAUUUUAUACCCCCCAGUGGUCUUCCCUAAUUAAUUAUUUUUAUUUCUUGAACAGUUUUUUUAUGUUUGUACGAUGUGGCAUUGAAAAAUACACACAACCCUAAAUUUUGAGCCGUCUACCAAUAAUUCAUUAGGCAAAACAAUGUAUGUCGGGUCGGCUAGUGUAUGUAUACAAUUUUAAAGCGAGCGUAAAUGUGGUCGUUGCCUGCUAAACCAAAAUGAAGGCUACUCAGUCUCUGAGGUAAAAUGAUUACCUAGCUAGCUACCUAGUACAUUUAAUAUUACAAACCGUCAAAAUGAAAUUCUAUCUAAAAUGACCUAGGAAUUAACCGACUUCAAAAAGGAGGAGGUUCUCAAGUCAAGUUAGUAGUAUGGUUUUUUUAAUAUACACCGAUUACUCGAAGACGCCUUAAGCGAUUUGAAAAAUUCUUUUUUCAUUUUAAAGGGUAUACUCCCCAUGUGGUUUCAUAGUCAUCAAGUCAGGAUCUGAUGGUGGAAUCCAGGAAAAUCGAGGGGAUGUUUCAAAAAUUAGAUGGAUUAAAGCACUACAAUUUCAUGAAUGUUUGGAAUUGAUCUCAUGAUAGAUCCAAAAUACAGACGAGGGUACUCCUCCACGAUUUACAGCAGUUACCUUGAGUUUGGGCUUGAUUAAUUUGUAUUGAUGAGAACUUUCCACUUAGAUAUAGGUUGUGACUAUCAUUAGGGGUCUGGUGUUAAAUAUCAAGGACAAUUAAGGGAACUGUUUGAUUUUAUACACUUUGUAUCUUUAUAUUUUGCACUAAAAAUGGAAAGAUAAUGAAAACUUUAAUUGAAAAAAUACAAACGAUUUAAAAACGUUACCGUCCAUAAACUCAAAAGUAAAAAAUAACAACAUAAUAUUAUUAUGUUCUAUAGUCGGAGAAUUAAUUCCUCUGGAAUUAAUAAUCGUUCUAUACCUGCUAAUUACUUUAAACACGGCGCUAAGCCAGUGAUGUAUUAAUUAAAGCGUAAUUAUAAUAAAUAUUUAGGUAUUUUAGACAGUGCUUUUCGUGUGGUUAUUUCAAAAACGGCUUAAACUUAAUUAUUUAUUAUUUAUUUCAUAUCAAUAAUAAUUUUAAAAAAUAACUGAUGAGGGUAUAUAUUUCUAAAGAUAGAUCUCGUACCAUAUGUAUACGAGUAUAGGUUAAUUACCCUCAUUGAGUUUUAUUUACAAGCGCUCCUCUGAAAUCAUCUUUUAAAAUAGGAUACUCGAAAAAAAAUCUUUAUUAAAACCUUUUUAAGUCAAAUUUAUUUUGAUAAAAAAAAUUUAUCACUUUGUUGUCAAAGAUGCGUGUCAUUUUAAAUAAAAAAUGUAAGUAAAAAGUAAUAAUAACUUUUACAUAAGUUUUUGUAAAGUUUUCCAAAAAAAUCUAAAUUCUCUGUAAAAUGCCGAAUUCUCGAAGACGGCGGUUCAAUGUACAAAAUGAAAUAAUAAAUAGACCAAAGGCAAGAAAACAAAAUGAAACACAAAUUAGGUAAGUGUUGAAUUAUUCAAAUUUAGUUGAGAUUCUUUUUGUGUACACGAGAGGUAUUUUCAGUUUACAUAAAAAGCAAGUACGGUGCUCAAUUUGUUUUUGUAUAAAUAACCUUUUUACUGUUGUGGCAAAGAAAUUUGUUUGUACAAAUUACACAUUCACGAUUCUAACCGGUACAAUUUAGGAACACCAAUUGAACAAUUCCCUUAGACUUAUUUCGUGCUAUUUAACUAUAAAAAACAUCGAAAUAGAAACGUAGAACAUAAAAUUUAAGGUCAAACUGUUAAUAGUAAUUUCCAAUUAAUUUGAAUCCUUAUGACUUCCUUCCUUUCCAUAAGAUUAUCCUUUGUAUAUGUCUGCAAGCAGUGCAAAAUUAUAAGAUAAUCCACUGACUGGCUUGUCAGUGGUUUAUCUUAUAAUUUUUCGCUCUCCAACCAGCCUUAGAAUAGGAGAUGAAUCAUCAGGGGAAACAUUUUACUUGGAAAAAAUACUGGACAACACUAAAAAUGGUUUAUGUAUUUAAUUUAAAUUAUACCAUAAGAUUUAAGAAGAAGAGAGAUUAUACUCAUACCAGGCCUUCGUGAAAUUUGUCGCAGUAUGCUGCAAAUAAUGUCAUUUUUAUGAUGGGUGCUAAUAAUAUAGUAAUAAAUCAAUCAUAAAUAUUUUCAGCUACCCAGAUCCAGAUCUAGAUGAAAUAAACUAUUUGGAAAAUGUUUCAAGUGUCAGGAACAAAAAGUCUAAAAGUAAAAUGUAUCCCAACACUUCUAAGAAAUCAUCAAUGCUUGAAAUUCUUACAGAAUGCCAAAGUGCCACAUCAACUGGAAUAAGACUGGAACAAGUAAAAGUUAACAUUAAGCCUGAUAAAGAAACAACUGCGAGUUCUGAUGACAUUGAUUUUUUCAUGACACAAAAUACAAACAAUUCGUUAACUGUUUGUGUUUCCAAGGAAAAUGUAGAAGACGAUAACCAUAGCAAACCUAUAGAAAAUAAAGACAUAGGUCAUAUUAAUGUUAAGCCAGAAAGAACUUCCCGGAGAGAUAGACAUGCUCACCGCAUUAAAGUGAGAAGUCCAAAAAGAAAACCAGUUGUGGAAAAAAAUAUUUGUAAGAUAAAAAACAUAGGUAUAGAUGCAGUUAAUUGGAAUGGUUAUACGACAGAGAAAAGUACAAGUGAAGUAGAUUUAUCAUAUACCCAAGAUACAGACAUAGCUGAGAUUACUGAAGCUGAAGAGCAGCCUAGCAGUUAUGCAAUAGAAGACAUGUGUCGUAUUUGUCACAGUGGUGAAGCGUCUUCUUUGGAGUUGGGCCGAUUGAUAUCAGCUUGCUCUUGUAGAGGGACUGUAGGAAGAGUACAUGUAAAAUGUUUGGAGAGAUGGUUGACAGAAUCCGGGAAGUCUAGAUGUGAACUAUGUGGAACGAAAUACGUGACAAAACGCGUACAUAAGUUUGGUAUAAUAAAAGCGCUGGCCAUGUGGAUUCUUAGUAAUAAUUCCAAACAUAUGAUAGUAGACUUCUUCGGCAUAAUGAUAAUGACGCCGAUCGCGGUCAUCGCCGCUGGUCUCACGGGGCGGACAUUCGCUGGUCUCAUGGAACAGAAUCAGAUGACACCAUGGCCUUUAGCCUCAACGUUCAUACUAGCUUGCAUGACACUGGUGUGCUAUUACUGCUGGAUAGUAUCUGCUCUGACUCGUCACGCGCUCGGCUGGUGGAUCUGGUACCGAUCUCACUACGAAGUGAGGCUUCAAUGGCAAGACAGCGGUGAACAUUCACAGGAAUCUAUUACAAACUGUAAUAUAUACUGCUAAAGGCGCUGCGACUGUACAGUUAAAACGGUACAGUUAAAACUGUACAGUUUUGACUGUGCAGUUUCAGUCAAAUCCAUUAUAGAAAACUGUACAGUUAAAACUGACAGACACUAUAAGCAGACAAUUUAACUGAAUAGUUCAAGUUUCUGUUAAAACUGAACUACACUGCACUCUGUUGCACGGGUAAUAUCUCGUACAAUCAUUCUAUUAUGUUUGUUUUUACGUCAGUUUAGCUUUUGAUGUAGUGUUAAAGUGACACACCAUGCGCGUUUGUAUGUAUAAACUGAAGGUUCGAUUUGUAAUGCGGGCUACAGACCUUCAGUUUUAACUGCGUAGUCUUAACUGUACAGAUUUAUGUAAUCGCAAUAUCAAUCAAAAUUAUUAGAAAAAACUGUACAGUUAAAACUGACGACCUAAUUGAUCAUUUUGACUGUACAGUUAUAACUGCAGGUACAUCUACCCGCUUUACGUUUAUUUAGUUUUACACACCAACCCGCUCUCUGUCUACUGUCAAACGUCUUUACGCUUUACUAUUACAUCCAACAAUAAACUCUACUAUGAAAUAUAAAAGAGAUUUGUGUGCAAUUUUGAACUUUAUUCAACUUGAACUUCAUAGCGUUGUAGGCAUGUUAAAUACUGCCAGUCUUUAAUUCCAGCCAUUAAAUUAAUCUCAUAUAAUUGAUCAAUCGGAAUUUUGCACCUGUUUCUACAGUUUGGUAAAUUGUAUAAUAAAAUUUGCCAUUUCUCUUUUGUAAUUGAGUCUCAAUACUUUGUAAAUUAUUAAAAA